GGUGUGAUUUCCGGGGUCGAAAUGCCCCGACUUUCCAGUGCGGAUUCUAAUUUUUGACGGGGCCGUUGAUGUCUCGCGCCGGCAGGAAUUCCUGGACUGACAUUUUGACAUGUGCUCCUGCGGGGAUGUGUUAGUGUUUUUCAGUGGCGGCUGAAACGGGACAGGGGAUUAUUAUCUCUUCGUAAACAUGAUUCCGUCUAAGUACUGUGAUUCGUCUUCUUCGAAACGUGCUCUUGAAAUAUGCGAUUUCGAUAACAUGCCGGCCGUCCCAAAGAUGAGUGGUCGGCGCCACCUCAGCAAGUCGACAUCAGAGUUGAGCAGCCCGAGGGAGAUGCCCGAACACCGGCCCAGGUCUGCUGCUCCACCCGAAAUCUCACACCUUUCCGUAUACCAAAAAGCACAUAGUUUUUUCGCACAAUUGAAAAGUCGGCUGGGGCACAGCAAGCGGGAGCGUCGCCAUAAGUCACCGGGACGCCAGGAUUCCACCACAGACUACGCCGCCGAUCUCAGCAGCGACCACAGCACGCCCAGCAGCACGCAAAGCCCGAGACAUCGACUCUACACACGAACUGAUUCUCCACUGAGCCGCGCCUGUGGCGGCGGUGACACAACCAGCUCACCGGGUGGGUCCCCCAGACCCCGGGCGCCAACCCCAGGAGCCGUGGCCGGCCUUGAUCUGCUUCCUCUAUCCUCCACCGAUGAGGUUACGAGACGAAGAGAAGCCGCCCUGCGGCAACACUCCUUCUUCCAACUGCGAAUACAUCUGCGACGCGGUCAUGGUUUGGUAGCGAUGGACAAAAACGGACUGAGCGAUCCGUAUGUAAAAUUUAAAUGUGGAGGGCGCUUGGUAUAUAAAUCAAGAACUGUAUAUAGGGAUCUAAAUCCCGUAUGGGACGAGAGCUUCACUGUGCCUAUAGAAGAUCCGUUUGUUCCAAUAAGCAUAAAAGUGUUCGACUAUGACUGGGGUCUCCAGGAUGACUUCAUGGGAGCUGCAACCUUAGAGCUAACGUCCUUGGACUUAUCAAGAGCACACGAUAUAGCCUUAGCGUUACAGGACCCUUCUAGACCGGAAACCUCACUUGGCGAAAUACUUCUGUCUAUUACCCUAUACCCGAAAACCCAAGAAGAUAAGGAACAGUAUUUCCAGAAGAACAGCAGAUUGCAAGACGUAAAUAAAAGACUAAAAUCUCAGAUAUGGAGCUCGGUAGUAACAAUAGUACUAGUCGAAGGGAAAAAUCUGUUAGCCUGUGACCCAGAAACGAGUACAUCUGAUCCUUAUGUGAAAUUCAGAUUGGGCAAUGAAAAGUACAAAAGUCGGGUAGUCUGGAGGUCAUUAAAUCCCAGAUGGUUGGAGCAACUAGACCUACAUUUGUACGAUGACGGCGAUCAACAACUGGAAAUUACAGUUUGGGACAAGGAUCGAUCGAGGGACGACUUCAUGGGAAGAUGUGUUAUUAACCUAACGGCAUUAGAAAGAGAAAAAACGCAUAACAUAUGGCAAGAACUGGAAGAAGGAGCUGGUUCUCUGCAUCUUCUACUAACUAUUAGUGGAACCACCGCUUCCGAAACUAUAUCCGAUUUAACAACUUACGAGGAAAAUGCUAGAGAGAAGCAAGCCGUCGAAGAUCGAUAUAUAUGGCAUCGAACAUUCCACAAUAUAAAAGAUGUCGGCCACCUGACAGUCAAAGUGUUCAAAGCCAGCGGAUUAGCCGCUGCAGAUCUAGGCGGAAAAAGCGACCCUUUCUGCGUUGUCGAACUUGGAAAUUCUCGACUUCAAACUCAGACGGAAUACAAAACUUUGGCACCCUCAUGGAACAAGAUCUUCACCUUCAACGUGAAAGACAUCAACAACAUCUUGGAGAUCACGGUGUUCGAUGAGGACCGAGACCAUAAAGUAGAGUUUUUAGGAAAAGUUGCUAUACCGUUACUACGAAUAAGGAACGGAGAAAAGAGAUGGUAUGCUUUGAAGGACAAAAAAUUAAGGAGCAGGGCCAAAGGUAGCAAUCCUCAGAUCCUUCUAGAAAUGACGAUAAUAUGGAACCCCAUCCGAGCUUGUAUAAGGACUUUAAAUCCGAAAGAAGAGAAGUAUAUGCAAACCGAAGUUAAAUUUAAGAGACAAGUUUUUGUUAAGAACGUUUUGAGACUGAAAGCUUUUAUUAUAUACUUUUACGAAAUUGGGAAACUCCUUCAAAACUGCUUUGAGUGGGAAUCGAAACUACAGAGUUUUGGCGCACUGGUGGUGUGGCUGAUCCUUUGCUACUACUUCGAACCCUGGAUGAUGCCAGUGGCGGGUUUAUUAUUUUUUUUAAAGCAAUAUAUUAUCAGAACCUUAGCGGGACCCACCCCUGUGCCUUGGGACGAGACAGCAGAAUCAGAUUUAGACGACGACGACGAAGAAGAAAAAGAGAAGGAGGAAAAGAAAAGCUUGAAAGAAAGGUUGCAGGCUAUACAGGAAGUCACACAAGGGGUUCAAAACGCGAUAGGAAAAAUUGCGUCUCUCUUAGAAAGCAUAAAGAACACCUUCAACUUCACCGUUCCGUAUUUAUCUUGGAUAGCGAUCAUUCUCUUAAUAUUAGCUGCAAUAGUCUUGUAUAUCCUACCAAUUCGUUACCUACUUAUGCUCUGGGGUACCAACAAGUUCUUCAGGAGAAUACUUCGUCCUCAUGCCGUCGUUAAUAACGAAUUAUUCGAUCUUUUGUCUAGGAUACCAGAUGACGAGAUGUUGACGUACAUUAAGUUAUUGGGCGCCGGCUUGUCCACGGACCUGGGCCGCCUCACAGUGAUUCGGUGGUACUUGCAGUUGGAUUACAAAGACCUCAAGCUGCUGAUGAACAACGAGCCCGACAGGCGGAGGGAUCCGAAGAAGAAACACAAGACGUCCUAGUGGAACGGAAAAUUUUUGUUGGGCGUCCGGGACAAGUGGAAGGUACGCUUCGACAAAAUUAGCGAAAAGUCUGACUGAUUAGCAUUUUUACAUCCUCGACGUUCGCCAGGUUGAGCAGGGGAGGUUUUUUGAAAAGUUUUUGUAUUAUUCUAUUAUUCCAGAUUAUUUUAUUUUGUAUUAUUAGAUAUAGAAUUAAAUAUGUUGAAAAAACUACCUAUUCUACAUUCUCAUUUCGGAUCAUAACACUUGUUCUCUUUCCAUGCCGGCAUAUACCGGACGUUGAGGAGAUUUGAUCCUUUCUGGAACAAAUCUACAUAAAAUUUCACCGAUGUGUGAAUAGGUUCUAGUUGAAAGUUAAGUCUGUGGAAUCAGUUACGAAGACCUUUGAAUUUUAUCCGACGAUUCUAAUUCGAUGAUUACCAGUUAUCUACUCUAGUACCAAAGAAUGAGGCGAAUGUGAUUCCAUGGACGUAUCAUUUUAGAAGGUUCCUGAAAUUGUUAAAUCUAGAACAAAUAAAUUUUGAUAAAAAUUUUGAUUUUUCUUAAACAUUUUCGCUCAUCUUGGUACUUACAGAUAUCUAAUAGAUAGGUAAGUACUUUUUUUAUUUAUAAACUGUAUAUUCAACAAUUCUGACUUGGUAAGAAGUUUUUGAAUUUGAAUUCAAAUAUUUUAUUAAAUAAGUUACUUUCACUAAUAUUUCUAAAUUUUGAAAAAUACAGAAGUAAACAGUUUAAUAACUGUAAAUAAUUUAUUUAAUUAGGAAACAAUUCACUAUAAAACUUCCAAUUUCAUUUAAAAAACCUCCCCAAACAACACGUAAUAAACUGAAUAAAUUGUUAACUUGUCAGCUUAUUCAAUACUAGAUGUGAGAUAAUUCAUUAAGUUAAAAAUUUCCACGAAUUAUAUUUAAGUAUAAAGUAUAGUGAGAGAACAAGGUGCCCCAAAUAUAUUAUGAAUUUGAAACUUGAAACUGAUGGUACCAGAUUUUGAUAUGGAGAGCAAUUAAAACAAAAAAUUACCACGACAUAAGGUAUUUUAUUUUAUGUAAAGGAGUAUUGAUUGUUUAGCACCUUAAUGACAUUGACGAUGAUGGUAUAUUCUCAUCAAUAUUUCUAAGCCCUUUAGCCAGUUAUCAUAAUUAAGAGUGGGUAUCUAAAACUUAUUUUACAAAUACAGGUCAACAAAUUUAAAAACUUAUAUUUGUUUAAAAAGAACUCGAUAAAUAUAGGUCACUCAAUAUACAGUAUAAAGAUAUGGAGGGUACUUUAUAAAAAAAAGAUACAAAAUCUGGUACCAUCAGUCCCGUUAUUAGUCAAUUUAGCAAGAUUAAUAACUUCAAUAAAUUGAGUUGUCUUACCUUUGUAACUAAAUAAUACUUUCUUUCGGACAAAAGUUUAUGUUUUCAUUGAAUUUCUAAUUAUAUUGCUAUAUAAACAAAUGAGCAUUGGACCAGAAUUGUCAAGUCUCUGUUUUUUUUACAACCAUUGCUCUAAUUGGUGAAUUUAAAUAAAAAGCAUUCAAACAGUUUGUUUUAAAUAUGUUUGUAGCAUUUUUAAGUUAUAUCUGGCUUACUAUUAAAGACACAGUCCUAGACAAACAAUAGCGUUCGGUAUUGACAUCUGGGUGCUCCGAAUGUGUUUUGUCCUUUUUUAAUAGUAACAGAUGAAAAGACAAAGAGACGUAUUCUAGACCGAACGCUACUAAUAUACAAAACCUUCAUAAGUGAUUACUAGCCACAUGACCAGAAAUUUUAUUUGGAGUAGUAAUUUUAUUUCCUUCAUAUUGGCAAUCAAAUUUCGGUAAAAUUACUAAUACAAUAACAU